ACUGCAUUUCAUCUUGAAUAAGACUGAAAAAAGCUCAUUUCAAAAAACUUGGGAGCUAAAAAAAUGGAGAGAAGAGUUUCUAAAAUGACACAUUUUCUCUUCAUUACAGCUCUAAUGGCGGCGAGUUUUUGCAUAUCAUCAGAAGCAGCUGUUUCUAAAGGAUCAUUUGAAGAUAACUUCAGUAUAAUGUGGUCUGAGAAUCACUUCAAAACAUCUGAAGAUGGACAGAUCUGGUACCUCUCUCUGGACAACGACACAGGUUGUGGAUUCAAAACAAAGCAAAGAUACAGAUUUGGUUGGUUUAGUAUGAAGCUGAAAUUAGUUGGAGGUGACUCAGCUGGUGUAGUCACAGCUUAUUAUAUGUGUACAGAGAAUGGAGCUGGACCGACGAGGGAUGAGUUAGAUUUUGAGUUCUUGGGGAACAGAACAGGGGAACCUUAUUUGAUACAGACCAAUAUUUACAAGAAUGGAACCGGUAACCGUGAGAUGAGACACAUGCUUUGGUUCGAUCCUACUGAGGAUUUUCAUACAUAUUCAAUCUUGUGGAAUAAUCAUCACAUUGUGUAUUUUAUAGACAAAGUACCAAUAAGAGUAUUCAAAAACAAUGGCAAAGAAAACAAUUUCUUCCCAAAUGAGAAGCCAAUGUAUCUAUUCUCAAGCAUUUGGAAUGCAGAUGAUUGGGCCACAAGAGGUGGAUUAGAGAAAACAAAUUGGAAAAAAGCUCCAUUUGUGUCAUCAUACAAGGAUUUUAGUGUGGAUGGGUGCCAAUGGGAAGACCCAUACCCAGCUUGUGUAUCCACUACAACAAAGAAUUGGUGGGAUCAAAGUGAUGCUUGGCACCUUUCUGAUUCCCAAAAAUUGGACUAUGCUUGGGUUCAGAGAAAUCUUGUUAUUUAUGAUUAUUGUAAAGAUACUGAAAGGUUCCCAACUUUGCCUGUGGAAUGCUCAUUGAGCCCAUGGGAAUGACUAGGAUGGGAUUAAUUUCUUAAUUUUUUAAUUCAUGAUUGUAAUUCUUUUUUAUAUCUUAAGAUGAGUGUAUAAUGUUUAUUUCCCCCAUAUUUGAAUUGCAUUACUAUUGGAUAUCUUUUUAGUUUA